GGGCCUGUUCAAGCCGCCAUCUUGACACCUUUUUCAUAUGAAGAGAAGCUAAUACUGCUUCGUCAAUAGAAAAACCAGUCACAAGGUAGGUGACUUCAUGGAGACGUCGGCUAGCAAAGCGCAUUCGAAAAAGUUGUUUUUGACUAAUUCAAACAGGUCAUUGGGUCGAAAGGUCCUCUCGCGCUGAGCAUGUGCAAUCCGUCAAAACCAAAGGUACUCCUUCGACAAAUUCAAACGUGUCAGUUUGUCACUUACACGAGAUUGGAGUAAUAACAUGUUCAACUACUUACGAUAUUGUCUCGAAUCUAGGUUGUACCUUCAGAUUAAGAAAAGAAACUCACAGGAAAACCUUUUCAAUUAUCUCAUUGUUUUAUCAAACACCAUACCCCGGCCUGGUCUGUUUCGCAAGCUUUCUCGGAAGUCUCGCCUCUGGGUUUGGAAACUGACUAUAACCGUAGUAUUAGAUUAGUUUAUUGAAAAAGUAUGAUUUCAGCAAACAAAGGGCACGCAACUACAGAGGACAAACAUAGGUACAAUGUGGGCGUUUCAUAAUUGACUUUAAAAAAAAGUUAUUGACCUUGAGCUAAUCGAUGUAGUUGGGACUACAUUCCACAAAGCCUGGUCUCGGCUCCACUCAGUUGGUGAAGUUCAUCAGAAAAUUCCUACACCAUAUAGUUGACUCCUCUACCUAUCCAGCAAAUGUGUAACACGCUACACUAGCUCGCUAACGCGUUAUAACGUUACAUCUGGGAAAACUAAGCUCUCCUGGUUGUGGAAACCAUGCCAUUUUUCUAUCGUUACUCACGCCAAUGUAAAACAUGAUACGCAGUCCACUUACUCUGUAGUGUGCCAUUAUGAAAUUAACGUUAAACCUUAGCUUUACUGCUAACUGACGUUCUGACGACUCUCACCGCCUGCAACAACAAGCAAGGUUCCCUGGUAGCCUUGGAGUCAAUACAAGCACGCUCGUGCUAAGAGCAUGCGCAGUGUAGUUUAUUAAAAUACUUUCUGUACGGUCUUUUUCUGUCCUCUGCUGGUGAUUUUGUAGGCUUCACACAGACCGUUUUACACUUUAUAUUUUGAUUGAAUGUGGAUUCAUUCCACAGAUGGAAAACAAUACUGGAAUGACAUUGAUUGUAUAAUUGUACAAUGAAUCAAAUGGAUACAUCCAUCGUCAAAACAAAAUAAAUCAGUCAAAACUAUACAUUUUCAGCCAAAAUAUCUCCAGUUGAAAGGUCACAAAACAAGCAUGUGCCAUAGCAGAGAUACUGUAUAUAAUGACGAGAUGCUCUUGUCUCCGCACUAACUAGCGGGAAGGCAUACGGUCUGUUUAUCGGUCUCAUUUGAGGUAUACAUUAAGUUCGGUCUGCUUAUCGCUGCAUUCCCACGGGGACAAAUUUUGAUGGGAGUGGACCCUCUCGCUUCGUUUCGUCCUCUCUGGCAGUAGGCUACUUGGUCAGCUGACUUGCAAAACAUCUGACAAGGGUAGAACCAGUCUCCGCAGAUUGACACCCUGGUUAACCAACUAUUAUUCGCAUCCUAUGUACAUCCUCCAAUUAGAUUCGGAGGCGAUUGAAGAGCAGCGAAAGGGAAACAUAGGGGACCGAAGAUCUGAAGGAGAAUAUUACAACACACUCUGGAUUUGCAAGUAACAUUGGCAUUAUUGAUGCAUUUAAACUGUAUUUUAAGUUUUAUUGGCGGUGUGGAAGGAUUUUUCGGUAAAAGCAGGAUUGCGUAAAACUAAUAGGGUGAGGGGGGAUUGGGGGAAGCGAGCGUCGUCGGGUCAAAAUGUCGAUUCAGUACGAAGUGGAACCGCUGGCAGACAGCUACGGGGUAGCGGACUCGUUUCCCAAAGAUUUUGGCUAUGGAGAAGAGGAGGCCGACAUCGAGGAUAGCCCAACUCCAUCUGACAGCAAACCGAGAAUUCUGUUGAUGGGUUUACGAAGAAGUGGCAAGUCGUCAAUACAGAAGGUGGUAUUCCACAAAAUGUCUCCCAACGAGACGUUGUUCCUGGAGAGCACCAACAAGAUCUACAAGGACGACAUCUCCAGUAGCUCGUUUGUCAACUUCCAGAUCUGGGACUUCCCGGGUCAAGUGGACUUCUUCGACCCCACCUUUGACUACGAGAUGAUUUUCAGAGGCACGGGGGCUUUGAUAUUCGUCAUUGACGCACAGGAUGACUAUGUGGAGGCGUUGGGCAGACUCCACCUCACCGUGUCGCGGGCCUACAGGGUCAACCCUGAGAUUAACUUUGAGGUGUUCAUCCACAAAGUGGACGGCCUCUCCGACGACCACAAGAUCGAGACCCAGAGGGACAUCCACCAGAGAGCCAACGACGACCUGGCAGACGCCAGCCUAGAGAAGCUUCACCUCAGUUUCUAUUUGACAAGUAUCUAUGACCACUCAAUAUUCGAGGCCUUCAGUAAAGUGGUCCAGAAGCUUAUCCCACAGCUGCCAACACUGGAAAACCUUCUAAACAUCUUUAUAUCUAACUCGGGCAUAGAGAAGGCCUUUCUGUUUGACGUGGUCAGCAAGAUCUACAUCGCCACAGACAGCAGUCCGGUGGACAUGCAGUCUUAUGAGCUGUGCUGCGACAUGAUCGACGUGGUUAUAGAUGUCUCCUGCAUCUAUGGUCUGAAGGAGAACGGCAGUGGUAGUGCCUACGACAAGGAGUCCAUGGCCAUCAUCAAGCUGAACAACACCACAGUCCUCUACCUGAAAGAGGUCACCAAGUUCCUGGCGUUGGUCUGCAUCCUCCGGGAGGAGAGCUUUGAGCGCAAAGGCUUGAUAGACUACAACUUCCACUGUUUCCGGAAGGCCAUCCACGAGGUGUUUGAGGUGGGCGUUUCCACACCGUGGACGGGCUCCCAGGCGGCCGGCACGCCCUGCACCAAGGCUGUGACACUCAACGGCACGCCCCGGAGCACUGUCUAAACACAGACAGACACACCGACGGAGAGAUGAUAGGAAAGGACAGAAAGAUCUCAAAUAAAUAGCUGGGGAGGGCUCGUGCGGAGAAGACUAAUGGAUUGGGGUUUUCAGUAAACCAAUCAUAACUCUCCACCCGGAUCCUAAAAAUCACAGGAAGAGGACUAGAGCUAAAAAAUCACAGGAAGAGGACUAGAGCUAAAAAAUCACAGGAAGAGGACUAGAGCUAAAAAAUCACAGGAAGAGGACUAGAGCUAAAACAAAUUAAAUGAGUCCGGGCUGAACCCGAAGCUCAGAGGGGAAGGAGGACUGCGAGCUGACAAAGCUAGGAUGGAAGGGAAACUAAAUUCAGAGAUACCAGGAACAUUCAUACAUUUCGUGGGAAUGCAAGGCAUUGUUGUCCGCUGUUCGGCACGAAAACAGCUAAAUGAAAGUCCAACUGGACUGGUAUACACAAGCGAAAGCGUAUUUGGCAUUUGGGAACUUUCAGUGAGAUAGGCCUCACGUGCUGCAAGUCCCAAGAGCCCUGAGGAAGCUUGGUAAUAUCGUUGUCUGUUUUAGCUGCUGGUUCAUCCAUGUGAAGAAGUACUUAAAAAAAAAAAAAAAAUGAAACAUUGAUGUAACCCUCGAUAAGGACAAGAAACUGUAAAGGCUGUGUGGGGAUCAGUAUAGUUGUGUAACCCUGUGCAGACUUAUGGGUCGAAGUCUCUAAGAAAUGCUUGGUGUUUAUCCAAAAUGCACAUACUAUGCCACUUUCUCAAGGCCUUACUUCGAUUGAGCUUGCCUGUUGCAAAGGUUCUCUCACUACUCACUUGCCUGUGUGCUGCCCAAGACUUUGCUUCUGGUUUCACCCAUUCUGAAGACAACAGGGUUCCUCAGAGUGCAAAAGGGAUUGUAGUGUCUACAUUGUUCUGCUUCUGGUGUGUGUGUGUGUGUGUGUGUGUGUGUGUGUGUGUGUGUGUGUGUGUGUGUGUGUGUGUGUGUGUGUGUGUGUGUGUGUGUGUGUGUGUCUGGAAAAGAAGAUAGUUGGCGUUUAUGGAUUCAAGACUGCCCCAUCAUGUUGAUUUGCCAGUGUCGGCCCUAUGCUCCAAGUUGCUGAAGUGUCAUACUGUAUAAUGAUGUGCCAUGUUGGAAAAAUGAGGGAAAAAAAAAAACCUGUUACCAGCGGUUUGAUCAGUGAUGCUUCUAGAUUCUGAAACAACAUUCUAGAUUCUAUCUACAAUUUGUUGCAGUUGGAUAUCGGAUUCAUUAGAAUCUCUUGCACAGACAAAAUAUUCUAAAUAUAGUCUUCAGGAAAUACUCCAUUACACUGGCUUAUUCUCUUGGCUAUCAAAUGAUGUAUGGAGUACAAGCACAUUCUAGAUAUAUCUAUCUCCCUUAUGCAUAAAGUAGUCAGUUUAGCCAUACUUUCUGACACACAAUUGUAAUACUGCCCCGUAUGCAUGCUUGCCAUAGACCAAAUGCUACUAACAGCCAAUCAACUAUACCAAUCUUCAACUAAUGUGGGCAACUCCUACAUGUAUGACGUCACACGUUCUUUGAGCGUGACCCUUUACCCGAGCAGGUGGAGUCCGAUGCCAUAAGGAAUUAGCUAGUCUGGUCCCAGAUCUGUUUGUGCCGUCUUGUGACCAUGAAUCAAAUAGUUGACAAGACGGCACAAACAGAUCUCGGACCAGUCUAACCAGGAAAGGUCUCUGAUGGGAUCUGUACAUUCCGGUUGUGUGGCAUAUAGCGACACAUCAUUUUAAUGGUGGUUACGAUAAUGAUAAACAGAAUGGUGGCAAUUAAAUGCCGGUCACCACGUCUUCAAACCCUGCCUUACGUGAUUAGUCGAUUUCAUUCACUCAUCCGCCAUCGACGCCGUCCGGCGCAUAUAGGACAGAAGCAACGACUUUGGAAAUCUUCUCCACUGUGCUUUAGCUCCACUGAUGUUGGUCAGCAUUUCUGUGUCUAUAUUAGGUCAGUCUCAAGAGUCACAAGGAGUUGGGCCAUUGCUUCUUGUUUGUCUGAGGAGGUUGGGGUUUAAUGCAUUUAGGCCAACAGAUGUGGAGUGUUCUUCGCAGACGAGUUGUGUGGAAGGUGAAUUGUUUGUUCAGGUCCAGUUCAGUCACUUCCCAGCACUCUGUGCCAUAUAGAACAACUGGUGGAUUUAGAAUUUGGUCUUUGUGCUGUUGUCUUCACUUACACAUUUGUUGGAACUUUGUGAAGGUUUCGCUUUCGCUGAGGGUUCUGUUCAAGGACUUUGUCAGUGUUAUCACAGCAAUCCACACGCAAAACAAGAACCGCAGCAUGAAGCCAAUAUGAAAAGCCAUUCCAAGCAUGUAUGCAAUGAUGUGUCGUCAAGCUAAAUGAUUCUCAACAUAACAUUGCUCAUUGUAUUUCACUGUGGGUAAGGGAGACCAGGUCUAACAAUGAAAAAUGAAUCCUGGGAAAAAAAUGACAACUGUAUUAUUUUGCCCUGGAUGGAAGAAAGGUGUUUUUUCUUUUGGCUGUUUUUGUUCAUUAGAUUUUUGCAAAUAGUAGACAUUUGGGACUAUAGUAAAUCCACUGUUGUCAGUUCUGCCAAAGUUUUUAUCAUUCACAUGAAAUAAACACUUGCACAUAAAAAGCAAA